AUGGCAAUGACAUUUUCGAAGCUCACAUUGCCUCUUAUCGCGUUAGCGACACUCACACAGUUUGCCAAUUGCCAAUCAUGCCCAGGAGUAGAUUGCAAAUUCGGACAAUCUGUUAAAACGACCAGCGGUGUGAUACUAGGACAUCCAGGACCUCAAGGCCCCAAUGUCACAGAGUACCUCGGAAUCCCUUAUGCUUCGCCUCCAAUAGGACAGCUCCGAUUUUCUGCGCCAGUUAACAACUGUCUUGCAAAAGGUGGCGAUCUUCCUCCUUACCCUGGUGAGACCCCACAGGCCCCUAAGAUUUUGCACGCAUUGUUGUCGUCAUAUGGUACUCAGGGCGAGGAUUGUUUACGCCUUAAUAUUUGGGCGAAGCCGGAUCCUUCUAAGCUAAAACCCGUUUUGAUAUGGAUUCAUGGUGGCCGAUUCGUCAUUACGAAUUCAGAGACUCCGUUCUAUGAGGGACAAACCUUAGCCUCAGAACAUGAUGUGAUACUGGUGACAAUUAAUUAUCGAUUAAAUAUCUUCGGCUUUUCAGGCGCUCCGGGCCUCACGCAAAAUGUGGGCCUUCUGGACCAGCGUAUGGCCUUCGAAUGGGUCCACGAGAACAUUGCAGCUUUCGGCGGCGAUCCAGACCGAAUUGUCAUAUUUGGAUCUUCAGCUGGCGGUACCUCCGUUGAUCUUUAUUCCUAUGCCUGGGCCGACGAUCCGCUCGUCAGCGGUUUAAUAUCACACUCCGGCACAGCACUAAGUUAUCUUCCCAGCACUCCAGAGCAAGCCGCUGGUGUCUUCUUCCAGGCUUCCAAGUUGCUAGGCUGUGGAGAUGAUACCGCAAACUCCGAGCAAGUAGUACAAUGUAUGAGAGAACAGCCAUUCGAAGCCUUGUUCAAUGCCUCUAACAAUGUUCCCCUAACGCCUACGGUUACGAUUCCCGAACCAGUGUUUCAUGCGGUGGUGGAUGAUGUAGUUGUUUUCAGUGACUAUAAGAAAAGAUCAGCCGAAGGAAAGUUUGCGCGCUUGCCCUAUUUGGUCACCUGUAACAACAAUGAGGCGGGCUUUUAUCGUGCCACCGCAUACUCACUCAAUAUUACAAUUAGCGAUGCAGCCUGGGAUGAGUUUAAUCUUGCAGCAUUUACGUGCCCCAGUGGUCAGGUCGUUCGCGAUCGAGUUUCCCACGGUGUUCCGGCGUGGCAGAGUCGAUACUUCGGUGAUUGGGACAAUAUGCGCCUCUAUCCAGGCAGUGGAGCAUAUCACGUAUCCGAUGUGGCGAUGAUACUAGGAAACACGGCGAGGAUCAGUGGACUUCCAGAUAAUCAAACUGAAAUUGAGAUUUCUCGGUAUAUGGCUUCGGCAUGGGUGGCUUUUGCUAGUGAUCCGUAUGAUGGACUGGAGAAGUUCGGGUGGCCAAAAUAUAAUGCUAGUGGUGAGUUUGUAUUUUUCCUCAAUGAUGUGUCCAAUUGUAUUAACCCUGAGCAGAGAAAACAUUGA